AUGGAGGUCGCAGAAGAGAUUGAGUACGAGGGGCUGGACCCGAACGCUGGCCUGGCGGCUGGCAUCACAGAACAUGCAGUCAUGUUCCCUGUCGACAGUAUCAAAACCCGGAUGCAGGUCUUCGCCACCUCGCCGUCGGCGGUGUACACUGGGAUCGGGAAUGCGUUCACUCGCAUUUCCAGCACGGAGGGCAUGCGUGCGCUCUGGCGGGGCGUGUCCUCCGUCAUCAUGGGCGCAGGACCCGCGCACGCCGCUAUGAAGGAGCUGGGGGGCGGCAACGUAGCAGGCAACCGAAAUCAAUGGAUAGCAACAUCAUUAGCAGGAGCAUCCGCGACAAUAGCGAGCGAUGCACUGAUGAACCCCUUCGAUGUCAUCAAGCAGCGCAUGCAAGUGCACGAAUCGCAAUUCCGUUCUGCCCUCACCUGCGCCCGGACCGUCUACGCGCGCGAGGGCCUCUCCGCCUUCUACGUCUCCUACCCGACCACGCUCACGAUGACGGUGCCCUUCACCGCGGUGCAGUUCACCGCGUACGAGCAGCUCAAAGCGUUGCUCAACCCAUCCGGCACAUACUCGCCCAUCUCGCACAUCAUCUCGGGUGGCCUUGCGGGUGGCGUCGCCGGCGCGGUCACCACGCCACUCGACGUCGCGAAGACGCUCCUCCAGACGCGGGGCCAGAGUACGGACCCCGAGAUUCGGGGCGCGCGGGGGAUGAUGGAUGCGUUCAGGAUCAUUUUGGCGAGGGAUGGGUGGAGGGGGUUCGGUCGGGGCUUGGCCCCGCGGGUGUUGACGUUCAUGCCGAGUAAUGCGCUAUGCUGGUUGUCAUAUGAGUUUUUUAAGGCGGCAAUACGAGAGGACUAA